UCGUUGGGCCCACAUGCAUAGACUGCGAGGACCGCGAAGCGGAAGGAAAAGAGGUAGAAAUUACAGUAUCUCGUCCCGCGGGCCGUCGUCUCUUGCGGCGGUGGCGAUCACCGUCGACGACUCCUCAAAACUAGUGUUAAAAAUCUUCUUCAGAGAAAGAUAAGGGCAUCUCCAACCGACGCCAUUGCGAAACAUGAUACAUUUUGCGCUUCUCAUCAGCAGGCAAGGGAAGGUGAGGCUGACAAAAUGGUACACUCCAUAUCCACAGAAGCAGAGAUCCAAGGUCAUCAAAGAAGUAAGUACGCUCAUCCUGGCAAGAGGCCCCAAGCUGUGCAAUUUUGUUGAUUGGCAAGGGUGCAGGGUUGUGUAUAAGAGGUAUGCAAGCCUUUACUUCUGCAUGUGCAUUGAUCCUGCUGACAACGAACUGGAAACUCUUCAGAUCAUCCAUCACUUUGUUGAGAUUUUGGACCGGUACUUUGGCAAUGUCUGUGAGCUCGACUUGAUAUUUAAUUUUCAUAAGGCGUACUUCAUAUUGGAUGAGAUUCUGAUUGCUGGUGAACUUCAAGAAUCGAACAAGAAAGCGGUACUAAGGCUAGUAACUGCACAGGACUCUUUGGUGGAAGCCGCAAAGGAGGAGGCAAGCUCAUUGAGCAAAAUAAUUGCACAGGCUACCAAGUAGAGCACUUGUGUCUUCUACAAUGAUUACUCUCACCUCAGGGCAUGAUAGUAAUUUAAUCAAUACUAUGUACAACGGUUUUCACUCUUGAUUUUUCUCGUAGCUUCCCCUGUUCCAUCUCUGCAUUUUGUUCAGAGAUCUGUGCCAUCCUCUUAUAUAUUUUUUUCUGUUUUCUUGUGUUUUGUUUUCUCCAUGUGCUUCAAGGGAAUCUGUUGUUUUCUGCUCUCUUACACAAGAUCACGAAUUGUAUGAAAAUAAAAUAAUGCAAUAAUUUGGCUACGGAAUUCUAU